CCGGGGGCUGGGGGGGACAGCCUGGCCCUGCUGGGUGUGCAGGAAGUGAUGGCAGAGGGCUUGGAGCGUUUCAGUGGCUGGAAUGUGGAAAGUACAGAAGGGUUUGGGCUGGGAGGACCUCAGAACUCAUCCUGCACCGCCCCAGGGACACUUCCACUGUGCCAGGGACCCCUCCCCCUGUGCCAGGGACCCCUCCCCCUGUGCCAGCUGCUCCCAGCCCCAGUGUCCAGCCUGGCCUUGGGCACUGCCAGGGAUCCAGGGGCAGCCCCAGCUGCUCUGGCAAUUCCAGCCCAGCCCCUCCCCACCCUGCCAGGGAACAAUUCCCAAUUGCCAAGAUCCCAUCCAGCCCUGCCCUCUGGCACUGGCAGCCAUUCCCUGGCUCCUGUCCCUCCAUCCUUGUCCCCAGUCCCUCUGCAGCUCUCCUGGAGCCCCUUCAGGCCCUGCAGGGGCUCUCAGCUCUCCCUGGAGCCUUCUCCUCUCCAGGGCAGCACCCCCAGCUCUCCCAGCCUGGCUCCAGAGGGGCUCCAGCCCUGCAGCAGCUCCGGGGGCUCCUCUGGGCUCUCUCCAGCAGCUCCAGGUGCUGCUGAGCUUGGGGGCCCAGGGAGCAAUUGCAUCCCAGUGUCCCAUCUGUCCCUGCCCUGUGUCGGAGUGCAGCCAUUCCCUGUGUGCUGUCACUCCAUUCCUGUGUCACAAAUCCCUCUCCAGCUUUCUGGAGGAGUACGGAGCUGCCCCUGGGCUGGAGCUGCAGCUGGCAGCAGUGCCCGUGUCCCAGUGACCCAGUUCUGCACCGAGCAGGCGCCGCGCUCCUGCCAGCCGGGCUGGGGACAUCGGAGUGACACCGGGAGCCACCCGGGCCUGAGGCUGUGUCCCCUGCUUGUGUCCCCCAUCUCUGUCCCUCUGGUGUCCCUGGGGCUGUGCCCCUCUGCCUGUGUCCCAGUGUGUCCCCCUGCCUGUGUCCCUGUGUCUCGCUGUGACUGUCCCUGUGUCACUCAGGCUCUGUCCCUCUGUGUCCCUGUCCCUGCUGGAUCUGUCCUUCUGCCUGUCUGCUGUGGCUGUGUCCCUGUGCCUGUGGCUGCCAGCCCCCCCUGUCCCUCCAUGUCCCUCCAAGGCCACUGGCCUUGCCUGGUGCCACCACGCUGGUGCCACCUCUGAGCCCACAGUCAUUCCUCAAAUCCUGUUUCUCACUUUAAAUGAGUUUUGGUGUGACACUUCCCAGAAUCUUGGGAUCCCUGAGGCUGGAAAAGCCCCCAAGGCCACCAAGCCCAGCCUGUGCCCUGUCCCCACCUUGUCCCCAGCAGAGCCCUGAGUGCCACCUGCAGGGCUGGGGACUCCAGACCUCCCUGGGCAGUUCCCACGCCUGACCACCCUUGCCAUGGAGAAUCCUCCUGACACCCUGCAGGUCCAUGGUGUGGCAUUACCCUGCAGUGUGGGUGCACAGCCAUCCCAGGAGCUGAGAUUUACCCAAAAUGAAAUCUGCCUUGCUGCCAGCCUGUGCCUGCUGCUCCUGGGGCAGGGAGCCCUGGGAUGGGAACAUCUUCAUUUUCUGCCUUUAAAGGUCACAUUUGCAGGGCUGUAGAAUGGCAGGGGAUGGAGAAUAACAGGCUUUAGAUGGGGGGUGGGGCUGAGGGGAUUUUAAUUUGCUUCAGUGACAUUUCUUGGGGUUCCUUGAUGAAAAAGCCCAGGUACAGCCAGAGAAAUGAAAUCCUGACUGACCCAGGUCUGGAAAAGCUGAGAUUUAUUUAUUUUGAACAAUGGCAGGUAUUCAAAUGCUAAUGAAGCUUUUUAAAAAUUAUAUUUAAGCAUCCUUGACUAAAGCAGACUGAUUUUUCUGUAAGAAAUGGGAAAUUCUGUGAGGAAGCUGCUUUGACCUCCACAUGCACUGAAUCGACACAAACAGCUGGAAUAAUCCUCAGGGAUGUUAAUUCUUUGGUUUAGGAGCCACUCAGAGUCAUUCUUUUAACCCCAAAUCUGUUUUAGUCCACAAGAAAUGCUAAAGAUAAUUAAAUAAAGAUAUCUGGCAAGGGAUACACCCAAUUUAUCUGUGGCAGCAGAAGGGCCCUGGAAUUGUUAAUCCAUAACAGAGAGUUGUGUAUUAAAAAAAAAUACAAGUUAUGGUUCCUAACAUUUCUUACUUUCUUUUUCCCAUGGAGCAAAGCCUUUGGAUAAAAUGCAAAUUAGAUUAUCAGUGGGGCUGUCAAAAAUAGCUCAGGGUUGACAGCUAAGUGGGCCUGAGUGAAUGUGAUUUCAGCUGUGAUCCCAGGCUGCAGGAAAGCCUGGAAAAAUGGAGCCAGGGGCUGUGGGAAUGGCUGCUGGUUGUGGAAAACAGCAGCUUGGGAUGGGGCUAAAAAUGGGAUUUUUAAAAGGUUUUUAUUUUAAACACCAAAAUUGAAAAGUGAUCUUAACAGUUGUGUCAGUAAAGGGAGAAAGUGAGAGGGAUGAAGCUGGACAGAGAAGGAAUGGUUGGAACUGGAGCUUCUCUGCUCCUUCUGCUGGGCACAGGAGUCACUCCUGUCCUGCUGGGAAUGGGAGCCAGGCUGGAUUUGUGCUUUUGGGAUUGGGAUCCCUGGAGUGGAACAGGAAUGGGAGGGACGGGGGGCUGAGCUGCUGAGCCAGGAGCAGCUGGAGAUGAGGUCCCUGGUUGGGGCAGUGGUGGGAUGUGGGCAGCCUUGGAGCAGGGAAUGCUGGACAUCCACUCGGAGAGGAGAGAAUGGUGAAAUCAUGGAAACCAUGGAAUUUGGGUGGGAGAACCCUUAAAUCCCACCCAGUGCCACCCCUGCCAUGGCAGGGACACCUCCCAAUGUCCCAGGUUUGCUCCAGCCUGGCCUUGGGCACUGCCAGGGAUCCAGGGGCAGCCCCAGCUGCUCUGGCAAUUCCAGCCCAGCCCCUCCCCACCCUCACAGCCAGGAAUUCCUUCCCAAGAUCCCAUCUAACCCUUCCCAGGCAGUGGGAAUCCAUUUAACUCAAAGCUCCAGUGCUUGCCUUGUGCAGAAUCCCACUGGGAACUGGGGAACAUGGCCUGGAUUCCAGGAAUUGUGUGAUGCUGAUGCCUUGGGAAGGCUGCCCUAGGACAGAGACCAGACUGAGCUAAAGAAUAAAGCAGGGAUUGAUUCCAAGGAUCUCCUCCAUGGAUCCACCUUGGGCAGCACCAGAGCCCAGCCAGGGCUGCACCCAAGAUGACCCAAAAUGGCCCCAAAAUGCCCGGCCGGGCACGGGGUCUGUCCCUGGGAUCAGCUCUGCUCCAUUCCCACCUUGCAGUUCAUUGUCCCAGCCCAGCUUUAGCCCAGGCAGUCCCAGCCUUGUUUUUCUCUCUCCAGCCCACGGGGUUUGUGCUCCUGGGCUCAGAUUGGGCUCAUUUGUCCUUGGUGCCCAGCUGGAGCAGGAAUUGUUUUGUCUCCCUGCUCUGUGCAGAGCUCACCAUCCCAUAAUGUGAACCCAGCCCCACUCACUAAAGCAAAUCUGAAAAAUAGAAAAGCCAAACCUGAGGCAUCAGUGCCAGCCAAGACCUCUGGGGUCUGGGGGAGUUGGUUUGACCCAGGGGAUGGGUGUGAUCCCACUCAGGUUCCUAAACCCUGAUUUGGGCAGGACAUGGGGAGGAGCUGGGGCUGUGCUUUUCAUGGAAUGUUAAAUUGGAAUUUGGAGCUUCAUUUCAAGGGCAGGAGCAGGACACAGGGAAGGGUUGGAGCUCUGCUUUUCAUGGAAUUGAGUCUCAGUCCAGGAGCAGGACACAGGGAAGGGCUGGAGCUGUGGUUUCCAUGGAAUUGGAGCCUCAGUCCAGGAGCAGGACACAGGGAAGGGCUGGAGCUGUGGUUUCCAUGGAAUUGGAGCCUCAGUUCAGGAGCAGGACACAGGGAAGGGCUGGAGCUGGGCUGUUCAUGGAAUUGGAGCCUCAGUCCAGGAGCAGGACACAGGGAAGAGUUGGAGCUGGGCUGUUCAUGGAAUGUUAAAUUGGAGUUUGGAGCCUCAGUUCAGGAGCAGGACACAGGGAAGGGCUGGAGCUGUGCUGUUCAUGGAAUUGGAGCUGCAGUCCAGGAGCAGGACACAGGGAAGGGCUGGAGCUGUGCUGUUCAUGGAAUUGGAGCCUCAGUCCAGGAGCAGGACACAGGGAAGGGUUGGAGCUGGGCUGUUCAUGGAAUUGGAGCUGCAGUCCAGGAGCAGGACACAGGGAAGGGCUGGAGCUGGGCUGUUCAUGGAAUUGGAGCUGCAGUCCAGGAGCAGGACACAGGGAAGGGUUGGAGCUGGGCUGUUCAUGGAAUUGGAGCCUCAGUCCAGGAGCAGGACACAGGGAAGGGUUGGAGCUGUGCUGUUCAUGGAAUUGGAGCCUCAGUCCAGGAGCAGGACACAGGGAAGGGCUGG